CUAAGUGUCCCAGCUGAAACGAUCUUCGGAGUUAUUUAGAAGAAGGACCCGACUAGCCUAUGCUAAGCGAAGCUAAGGCCUUCAGAAGCUAACACAAGUCUAAUGAACCUAUUCUGUUUCAGUCUGCUCCGAACUCCUCAUGUUAUCUCGCAAGCAGAAACGUGUGUGGAGAUACGUGGAGGAAGGCAGCGUGCUGAAGCUUAAGUCGUACCUGCGGAGGCACCGGGACCUGGAUGUGAACUUCUCCCAGGGCCGGAGGCAGAGGAGCCCGCUGCACCUCGCCUGCUGCCUGGGAGACGACGCUGCGCUACGGUUGCUGCUCAGACACGGAGCCGAUGUCCUCCAGAAGAACCGUAAAGGAGACACAGUGUUACACGUAGCCGUCAACAGGAUUCUGAAACACGGCAAUACAGCGUAUGGUGACCUGGUAGUGCCUCUCCAAAAGACUUGUCCAGAAGCUUUAAAUACUCCCAACAACGCUGGAGUCACACCUCAAGACUUGCUGAACUGGAGGAAACAAGAAAAGACUGCUGAAAACAUGAGUCGUCCUUCUGAAACAGACCCCCAGAAGGAGUGGAUGGAAAAGCUGUUUGGGGAAUGCGUGGAUGAGUUCUAUGAAACCUUUGCUGAUGAUUUUCUUCCUGUCGAUGACGACGAGGAAGACUUUGGGGACUGGGCUGACCGUAUUAGAAGAGAUUACUAUGAUAAGAAGCUCGCUGAAACUCAGAGACUGGCAUCUCAGUGGAAAAAAGGGAAGAGUAAACAAGAAAAAGAGCAGGAAGCGCAAAGCAACAAGGAGCUGCUUGAGAAGCUGCAGAGGGAACAUGAAGAGUAUCUGGCUCGAGCCAAACGUAAGGAGGAAGAGACUAAGCAGGGUAGGAAGCGCAGGUACGAUGAAAAGUGCGCAGCUACUUUCGAUGGUGCCUCCUCAUCUAAAGACAAAAAGCUGAGCUACAGCGACAUCCCCUGGCCGGCUCCACGAGGCACAGUGCAGGAUAUGCUGGAUGUGAUGCUCCAUGGCGUGGACAGGAACGAUGUGCCGGCCUUCCGUAAAAUGCUCCUGAAGCAGCAAGUGCGAUGGCACCCUGACAAGUUUGCUCAGCGUUGUGAAGCACGUUUAGAGGAAAAGGACAAACAGCGGAUCCUGGGUACAGUCACAGCGCUGUCGCAGGAACUCAACAGCCUGGCACAGAGCCUAAAGUCUUAAAAUGUUAGAUUUAUAUAAUAAGCUGGGGGGGGGGGUGAGUGUGUUUUCUAACUUCACUUUCUGCUUUUGUCCUCCUCCCACUCUGUUUACAUCUCAGGUGAAACGCUUCCCUAACCUCGCCAGCUUGUGCUCUUGUCACGUACGUUGCAUUAAAGUGUCAACAGGCCAUUUUCUCCCUUCCCCCUACCACUGUUUUGUGGUAUUUUUUAUUUUUGGCAACGCUGUUGCAAAAACUUUCUAUUGUCCUCAGAGGCUCAAGUUUUAACAGUUGGGAAAGUAUUAACACAUGGAUCCAGUUUCCUGAACAACUGAACCAAAUUUGACCAUUAGGAGUUGCCUUUGAUAAAGCAGCCACCCAUGACUUGCCUCGUCUCUUCUGAUGUGAUGAUCCUAGAGGGAUUUCAAUUCCAUUGUCAUAUUGCCUACCUCUGAUAACACACUGUUUAACAAUGUGUUAGUCCUCAAGCCUUCCUCUAGUUAACUUCAUACAGAUAUACAGAACCAUCAUAUAAAUGUUGCCUGGUGGAAAAACACAAAUCAGAGGGCACUUAUUAUCAUUUAUGCAAGUUAAGGAGAAGAUUUCCGAUGGCUUCACAAAUCUGGAGGCUCUCCAAUACAAUCCUAAACUGAUCAAGGGCCAAUUGGACUAAGGGACUUACUCGGGCACAAACCAAUGGUUAUAAUUAUGCUCAGUUUUUACCAGUCUGGAGAUCGAACUGGCAACCUUCUGAUUGUAAGAUGUGCUCUUUAACAUUUAGCUGACAUUUUCCUCAAACAUAACGGUGAACCUCCUGGAUUAAAUCAGAUGAGAUGCUCCACUUGAUGGAAUACUGAUGCCUGAUUUAAAUGAAAUAACAUGUGCAACAUCCAGAUUUCUCUGAUCCUGGGUAACAUUUGUGUUGAGUCAUGUGGGUUUAAAGUGUGUAACUAUAUGUAAUCAGAGUCUCAUCAACAAAAACAUGAUUUCAUUACUUUAUUUUAUUAUUUAUUACAUGGUCAAAUGUGUUUUAUUAACACCAAAUAAACAAAUAAUCAUGAAACACCUUAAAUAAAGGAUUUCACACGAAAAGAA